GGGACCCACUAGCCUCCAGCUUCCUCCCAGCGGCCUAGCCCCUUCUUCUCCUCUCCUCCUCCCACUCUCCCAGCCCAUGCCUCCUCCGUCCCACUCUCCAUCCAAACAAGCCGCCAAGAUCUAAUAAAACCCUCGCCCAUUUCUCUCUCCUCGCCUCCGGAACCGAAUCCUUAUCGAUCGCUGUCGCCGGCUCGGGUUAGAGUUGCGCACCGUCUGCCUCGGCCCCACCGCCCCUUCAAAACCCUUCCCUCCGCCUCCCUGCUUCCGCCACUGCUAGGCCAACCCCCGCGGCCACCUCCUCGGCCCCCGCCUCGCCGUGGCAUGAGAAGAUGGCCGCCUUCUCCAGGGGCCUCGCAGCGCCGACGUUCGAUCUGACCGCGGCGAGUGGGGCAGCGCCCUGGCCGCGCCGCCCCGCACGCGUCCAGCCCCGCCGCGGUGCCGCGAUCCGGUGCUGCUGCGGGGGCGACACGGAGCCACGGAGGCGCCUCUCGAGGACCGCCGCGGCCGCGCCGGAGCGUGACGAGGAAUGGCGCAUCGACGGGAACAAACCCGGCCGACGGCGCGCCGGCCUCACCGCCAUGCCCUCACUCCCAUUCCCUUCACCUCGUUCUAGAAGGCACUCCAAGCAACAGGAUUUCUAUCCACGGUGCACGCAGAGGGGGCCAGCUCCUCAAUCUUGCGACACCCCGCCCAAGAGAGAUACUGGUAUUGCUAGUGAGAAGGAAUGGGGAAUCAACUUGCUGGAUGAAGCGAUCAAGGAGUCCGGAACAAAUGAAGAUGGAAGCACUUGGUACAGGGAGAGCGGAGAAGAUCUUAGUGAGAAUGGGUACCGGUGCCGCUGGGCAAGAAUGGGAGGACAGAGCCAUGAUGGUUCCACUGAAUGGAAAGAGACCUGGUGGGAGAAAAGUGAUUGGACUGGAUAUAAGGAACUAGGUGCGGAGAAAUCUGGGAAGAAUGCUGAAGGUGACUCUUGGUGGGAAAAAUGGAAAGAAGUUCUGUACCAAGAUGAGUGGAGCAAUCUUGCAAGAAUAGAGAGAAGUGCUGAAAAACAAGCAAAAUCAGGAGCAGAGAAUGCAGGGUGGUAUGAGAAAUGGUGGGAGAAAUAUGAUGCCAAAGGUUGGACAGAAAAAGGUGCUCACAAAUAUGGGAGGUUAAACGAGCAAUCCUGGUGGGAGAGGUGGGGUGAACAUUAUGAUGGCCGCGGAUUUGUUCUGAAAUGGACUGAUAAGUGGGCAGAGACAGACUUAGGCACCAAAUGGGGGGACAAGUGGGAAGAAAAGUUCUUUUCAGGAAUUGGUUCACGACAAGGGGAGACAUGGCAUGUAUCUCCUGGUAAUGAACGCUGGUCAAGAACUUGGGGAGAAGAACACUUCGGUAAUGGAAAAGUCCAUAAGUAUGGAAAGAGCACAACUGGUGAGAGCUGGGAUUUAGUAGUCGAUGAGGAGACAUACUAUGAGGCCGAGCCUCAUUAUGGAUGGGCUGAUGUGGUUGGAGACUCAACACAGUUGUUGUCGAUACAACCUCUUGAAAGGCCACCUGGAGUAUACCCAGCUAUUGACUUCAGCUCGUCACCUCUACCAAAAGAUGAUCCACCCGGCAUGCCUCCUUCGCCUCUCGAAUGAAUUAGAUUGCCAGUAAAAAGAAAUUUUCUUUCUAGGCUCCAAUUUUGCUUGUAAGGGAACAUUCUUUGUAGGAAGUUGAUCGACCUCAUUCCUGUGUCAAUUGGUUCGUUCAUUCUUUUGUAGGUUUUCCUUCCACGUUAUAGCGUUUUAAUGUUCAGAAAUAAUCAAUGCACCGUGAUUAUAUCGCCUUUGCUUA